AUGUCUCAGCCAGUUCAACGUGCCGCUAUGCGUUCGUUCAUUCAAAAAUACAUUAACAAAGAGACCAUGAAAUACGUAUUUACAACUCAUUUUUGGGGACCUGUUUCCAACUUCGGGAUUCCAAUUGCCGCCAUAUAUGAUCUAAAGAAGGAUCCGACUUUGAUAUCGGGUCCAAUGACAUUUGCAUUGAUUGCUUACUCUGGUGUCUUUAUGAGGUAUGCGUUGGCUGUGUCACCAAAGAACUACUUGUUGUUUGGAUGUCAUUUGACCAAUGAAAUUGCUCAAAUGGGACAAGGUUAUAGAUAUCUCAAUUACACAUACUUUACAUCGGAUGAAGAAAAAGCUAAGAUAGCAUCUAAAUAUGAACAACAACCCUGA